AUCGAAGUCCUUAUCACUGGCUUCGGGAGGUUCGGAAAGUAUGAAAAGAAUCCGUCUUGGUUAUGUGCAGAAGGCUUGCAUGGACUUGAAGUAGAAUCAAAAGAUAAGAGAAAAGUUCACAUUCAAACCAUACAAACAUCAGUUGCUUAUUCACAUUUACUUGACCUGAUUCCACGCAUACAUGGAUCCAAGCCAAGUGCACCAGAAGCAAAAGUGUUUUAUGAUACCGAGAGCGAACGAUUUGAUCCAAAAUCUGGUUUGGGUCCACAAGGGAAUGGCUCACCGUUUCCCGAAGGAUAUCGUGAUAUAACCAUACCCAAGAAAGGAUAUUUCGAUCAUGUGAUUCAUAUUGGCGUUGGUUAUCCGGAUCACGUAGCGAUUGAGACUGGAGGACAUAAAAGAGGCUAUCAAUUACCCGAUGUUAAAAAGGAAAAAGCACCAAUUGCGACCGAUCAAUCUGACACCCUAAGACGAGAAGCUAAAUUAACACCAGCCGAAGAAAGAGAAAGGGAAAAUAUGCAAAUCAAAACUACAAACGGUCAUCAUUCCGAUCCAAUCAGAGGUUUUGGGCAAGGAUACGAGCAAUUCCCUGAUGAAAUGUUUACGGAAAAUGACGUACCUGCACUUGUUGAAUGGUUACAGAAAGAGAAGCAUCACAAACAUCUCAAACAGUCUAAAGACGCAGGUCGGUUCCUGUGCGAUUACAUAUUCUAUGCCUCUUUGUGCGAAGCAAAGAAAGCUGGAAAAGGAACGCGGGUUCAAUUCAUCCAUGUUCCACCACUCGAUACUCCUUAUUCCAUCGAAGAAUUACAGAGCAUCGUCAAAGACGCAGUCUGCUGGAUA